UUCACCAUAUCACACCUCAUACAUUUGGUCACAACACAAAAAUUCUCAACUGAACACAGAAGAUGACAGACAAAGUCAGAAACAACAUGCAUCGUGAAACAAUACUUUUUCUACUGGUUGCGAUCAUAAUGGGAAACAGCCUUAUGACUGCUGCAUUGGACCAGACCAUCAUCACCACAAAUGAGUCUGGCCUAAACAACUCUGAGCCCACCGAGCAAUCAAGCCUCCCAGAGAAGCCUGUUCUUCAGCCCAAAGAGACUGCUCCUGUCACCGGAAACUAUGUGCUGAAUGAUACCGCAGGCAAGCCAUGCAUCAAGGUCUCCAUGGGAGUGGAGUACAUAGUUAUUGAGAAGAAGAAAGCUUCCUAUUUCAACUUAGACCCUUCCACCACCCUCGCAACGGGUAGAUGUGGUCAAAAAGAGGCCGUUCUUUCCCUGGCUAUUGUAGGAGAGGGAGGCUAUCUGGAUCUCACCUUUGAAAAGGAAGGGAACAUAUCCUAUGUGUCAAAGGUCAGAGCUAAUUUGGCACCAAGCAAAGGAAAUAAAAACUAUCCUGGGGUGAUAGAACAUGAAAAGCUGUUCCCAACUGCCGCUGACCACAGCCUCAAGUGUAAUUCUCAGACCGAGUUUCAUCUGGCUGAAAACCUUAGAGUGAAGCUUGGGCCUCUUCAGUUCCAAGCCUUCAAACUCACCAAUGGGAAGUUUGGAGAGGAGGUUGAGUGCUGGGCUGACUUCAACAAGAGGAUCUUCCCCAUCAUUAUUGGUGCCACGGUUGUGGGACUACUCCUGAUUGCUGUCCUGACCUUCCUGAUCAUCUGGAACAACCGUAGACAAGCUGGCUAUGACAGGAUCUGAGAAGACUUCAUGCAAACAUAACAUGAAUGCUUUUUAUAGACAUGUUUUGUGUUUCCUAGAUGCUUUUUAGUAUUUUUAUCCAUGACUCAAUAUGAACCUUUUUAUUGUUGUUUUUUAAUAUUUAAUUCUGUUUGCAAAGAAAAUAGAAAUAAUAUUAUUACAGUAAAAAAAUAUGUGAAUGUGGUUAAUACUUCUAGGAAAACACUCUGUAAGUUUACAAUCAUAAUCAGCCAAUAUGGUCAGCAAAUUUAAUCAUGAUACAUGCUAAUUAUAUUUUUUGGGGGAAAUUAUAUUUUGUUUAAAGAGUGCUCAUAUUCCCUUAUUAAAAGUGUGGCUUUAUCCAGC